AAUAACAACAAACAAAGAAACAAACAAUAAAUAAACAAUAAUUAAGUGUUCUAAUACGUUACGGAAAUGACGAAAUCAACCCCAGCAACGUCUUAAUCACGUUACUUCUUCCAUUUCUUUUGCUGUUAUUGUUAUUCCUAUUUUCCUUCCUAUAUAUCCAAAUCAAACCCAGAUUAUUUUUAUGACUCUUUGACUUCUUCUUUCCCCUUCUCGCCGGAAAAACCCUCAUCGGAAAAACAUUGCAGCGGCGGCGGGGCAAAAUUUUCCGUUUUGCGUUGCAGAGUAAAGUAUGGGGAAGAUUUGGUGCUUGAUAUUGGUUACCUGGUUGUGCCUUUUUUCCUUUUCAGAUGGUAGAGAACUCAAGGUUAGGCAUACGAGUCAUCUUGCCCAGUACAAUCAUACACUUGCUACAAUUUUAGUUGAAUUUGCUUCUGCGGUAUACUUGUCAGAUUUGACUCAACUUUUUACUUGGACAUGCUCUAGAUGUGGUGACUUGACCAAGGGAUUUGAGAUUAUAGAAUUGGUUGUUGAUGUCGAGCAUUGCUUACAGGCAUUUGUUGGAGUGGCCGAGGAUCCGCUUGCUAUCAUCAUUGCAUUCAGAGGAACUAAUGAACACAGUUUGCAGAACUGGAUCGAAGAUUUAUAUUGGAAGCAGCAUGAAAUAAAUUAUCCAGACAUGGAUGAUGCAAUGGUACAUCGUGGCUUUUAUACUGCAUACCAUAAUACAACAAUACGCCCUGCAGUUUUAGGGGCCGUUGAAAGAGCAAAGAAGUUUUAUGGAGAUAUUCAAAUUAUAGUUACGGGGCAUUCAAUGGGAGGAGCAAUGGCUGCAUUUUGUGGACUUGAUUUAGUGGUAAAUAAACAAGAAAAUAAAGUUCAGGUUAUGACAUUUGGACAACCUCGUAUUGGGAAUGGUGUUUUUGCAUCUCUAUACAGCAGACUAGUUCCAAAUACAAUCCGAGUCACAAAUGACCAUGAUAUUGUUCCCCACUUGCCUCCAUACUAUUACCGUUUACCACAGAAGACAUACCAGCACUUCCCGAGAGAGGUAUGGCUUUAUAACAUUGGAUUAGGUAGUCUUGUGUACAGGGUUGAGAAGAUUUGUGAUGGAUCUGGCGAGGAUCCAGAUUGCAGCAGGUCAGUGAGUGGAAAUAGCAUCACAGACCACUUAGUCUAUUACGGCGUUGACAUGGGAUCAGAUGAUCCAGCAACAUGCAGAAUCGUUAUGAAUUCUAAUGUUCUGAACACAAGCACAAGAGAUUCAAAAGGAAACAUAAUCUUAUCCAGAGAUCCUGCAAGUUCUCUACUCAAAUCGAGUCAAGAGUUUGAUGAUCAGAUAGAUCCCGUCAAUUCCGAUUGAACUGGCAUGAGAUAUCUCAGGCAAUAUAAUCACGGGGACGAUAUACUUUGAAUUAUUUUUUAUUUCUUCACGGUCCUUCCAAAUGCGGCGGCGGAAGAAUUUCAUCUGAAUUAGCUGCAGCUGGAAGAAGAUUGUGUGUAUAGUCUUGUAAAUGAUGAUCCUUGUAUAUAUAAGACUCAAUUCUUGGUACAGAUUUGAAGUGUACAAUUACACUUUCAAAUUCUACUGAAUUCUUCAUGUGGUUUGGGUGGGUAUUUGAUUUAAUUAUCAAGAUCAUCCAUCAGCUUAUCACAUUUCCACAAUUUAAGUAUUUGAUAAUUUUUUUCUGGGUUUCUAGAUGAAAUGUGAAUUUACA